GAGCAGAGACAAAAAGAAGGAAGAAGAGAAGGCGAUAAGGCGCCACCACAAGAGCGCUACAAACAAGGAGGGCCCUAGGCCAAAUGAUUCCCGUCCCUUUGCCGAUUAACAAAGGCCACCGCUCCUUCUCUCUACACACAAAGCUAAAGCAAGCUUGAGGAAAGAGGAAGGUGGCCUUGCCUUUCCACAUGCGCUAUCUCUCUCUUUCCCUUCUUUCCUUAUUCACCACCACCCAUGAGGAAGCUCUGCCCAAAUUUCGAACGCGAAGAUGCCCUCGAGACCGUCCUCGAGGUCCCCAUCCCCGAAGAGAUGUUCGCCAGCAUGGGCGGCACCGCCGCCGUCCGGUGGCAGAAUAUGUAUAACUGGAUGAAGUCCCAAUGCGCCGAUAAGUUGGAUUCGGCGCCCCCUCUUGGUGGUCGUAGUGCCGAGCUCCAGGUCCUUCUCAAUGUCGUCGGCUCCCCUCUCAUUCCUGUUCAGGUGCAGACCGAAACCACCGUCAGCCGUCCCAUCAAAAACUGUUCUAUCGAAGCUUCGACAGCCAAAUACAUAGUUCAGCAGUACAUAGCGGCAACGGGCGGACAAGCAGCAUUGAACUCGGUGCACAGCAUGUACGCCAUCGGACAGGUGAAGAUGAGUGCCUCUGAGUUCCAUGUGAACAACGAUUGCGUGAAGCCAAAGGACGACGUUGAGAUUGGUGGCUUCGUCCUCUGGCAAAAGAACCCAGACCUCUGGCUCCUGGAGCUGGUCGUCUCCGGCUGCAAGCUCAGCGCCGGAAGUGACGGCAAGGUCGGCUGGAGGCAAUCCGGUGCUCAACAAUCCCAUGCCACAAAGGGUCCACCCAGACCCUUGCGUCGCUUCUUCCAGGGACUGGAUCCAAGGUCGACGGCCAAUUUAUUUUCAGACGCCAUGUGCAUAGGAGAGAAGGUUAUCAACAACGAAGACUGCUUCAUACUGAAGCUUGAUGCCAGUGCAGCAAGCUUGAAGGCCCGAAAUACCAACGCCAUGGAGAUGAUCCACCACACAGUGUGGGGCUACUUUAGCCAGAGAACUGGUCUUAUGGUGAAAUUUGAGGACUCCCACCUAGUGAGGAUCAAAGGAAAGAAAGGAGAUUCGUGUGUGUUUUGGGAGACAAGCAUAGAGUCUGUGAUCGAUGACUACAGAUCAAUCGAAGGAAUCAACAUUGCACACAGCGGCAAGACCUCUGUCACCCUGCUCAGAUACGGAGAGGGCUCCGUCAACCACAAGAGGAAGAUGGAAGAGAAAUGGACCAUUGAGGAGGUUGAUUUUAACGUUUGGGGUUUAACUAUGGAUUGCUUUCUACCUCCCUCAGACCUCAAAAAGGAAGGGGAUGAAUGAAAUCAGACAGGAAAGGCUCCAUAAAAAAAAGAAAAAGAAAAGAAAAAAAAAAGAAAGAAAGAAAGAAAAAGAAAAAGAAACACAAAACAAAGCAAAAGACGGAAACCUGGUGAAAAUCUGUAUAUAUAUAACUGAGCUGGAAAUUCUUGUUAAUUUGCUUUUUUUUUUUUUGGAAAGUUACUGAUAAUGGUGCUACACCCACAAAAUCCACUUUUGUAAAAUUGUAAUACUUCGGUUAUUAUGUAGUUAUAGUAUCCUUUUGUACAUCUAUACCCUCUGAUUAUAUUUUUAAAGACUAUAUUGUCAUCAACAAAUGUAGAAAUUAAGAUUAGAAAUUUGGUUAUCUUUUUGACCUACUUUCUUCCUCAAUGUAAUUGCUUGUAAGGGCAUUUUAG